AUGCAUUCUAAAACGAAUAUUUUCUAUAUUAUAUUGAUUGGAUUAAUAAUAUUAUUAAAUAUUGAUAGUUCAUCAUCAGACCAUGAUGAUCAUCAUGAUGAUCAUCAUGAUGAAAGAGGUAAGUGUUUUUAUAUUAUUUUAACACUGAUUUUAUCUAAAAUAUCACUGGUGGAUUUUAAGCAGUGAGAGAUCGGUGAUUGCCCUCUUUAGAAAUUUCUUUUUCACUGUUUUUUGUUGAAAACCAA